AAAUCCCCGCACCGGAAGGCACACGGUUGGCGCAGCUAGCUUAAAUAAGCAGCACACCGGACGCGACAUUUCGCCUCAAAUUGUGACCCGGGGUCAAAGUUUGGACGGGUUCUCGGCUCGGUUCGGAGAGGCGGGACGGGUCCAGCCGUGUGUGCGAACAGCUGCGAGGAAACAUGACCGAGUUCAGGCGGAGCUCGAGCUGGAAGCAGCGGACGGUGUAACGAGGAUUUGUGUUUACCGGACGGAUCGAGCUCGAAGAUGCCUUCGUUUGACUUUAUGGAUAAGGUUGAGCUCUUUGUGCGGACAGGAAAAUAUCCCGUGGACGCAACAAAGAGUUCAAAGAAAGUGACCCGCGCUGCCAGCAAACACUUCAUCUAUAAAGACGGCUGUUUGUGGCGUACUUACCGAGGACGCCUCCUGCGCGUCGUCAGGAGCGAGGAGGAAGUGAGGGAGGUGCUGACCCGUUACCAUGACGACAACAACCACGCCGGCCGGGUUCGGGUGGUAAAGGAGAUAAUGCUGAUGUAUUACUGGGUCGGAGUGACGGAGGCGGUGAAGAACUGGAUCAGAGCUUGUGCUGUCUGUCAGAGCCGAAGUCCCGCUGAACCGCCCGACCCGCCCGUCCAGUUCUGCCUGACUUACGGCUGCGAUUCUUCCAGCUAUGUUUACCCCGAGCUCAGCUUCCACAGGUUUCCAAAAGAGGCGGAGCGACGGCGAAGCUGGCUGGCUUUUGCUCAGCGGGACGAAGGCUCGCUGAGAACUAACUCCUGCCUCUGCUCGAGACACUUUGAGGAGUCCUGCUUCACGCUGAGCGAGGAGGGUCAGCUGACUCUUUCAGCGGACGCUGUACCCACCGUCAUCCCUGUGAGAGUACAGGAGGACGAGGUGUCCGUCCCUUCAGAAGAUGACUUCCUUCACUCCAACUCCCUGGAGGCCUUCCUCUCCACAGAAAGCACAGAGCCCUCUGGUCCGGCCGAUGAUCGCUCGGAAGCAUCCGGGGAGGUCCAUGAACACCAGUACUGCCUCCCAGCUUCCGCUCCGGACUCCAGCGCAGUGCAGACGGUUCCGGAGCAAAAGAAGAAGAAGACCAUCUCUGAGCCGAGCUUUGCGGCUUACAACGAGGUCGCCAGGUAUCUGAGCCACAGAGUCUUACCCAUGGAGAGCAAGAAGAGCAGAGGAGCCUUAAAGAGGAUGGCCAAGCGCUUCGGCCUGAUCGAUGGAGUGCUGAUGUACACUCGGGUCUCUCCUCCGCUCAGAGUGCCGCGCAGCAGGGAGGAGGUGAACUCCAUCCUGGAGGAGUUCCACGACAAACAGGGUCACUACGGUCAGGGAAUCUGCCAGCGAGAGAUCGCAAAGACCUUUUACUGGGCCAGCAUGACCCGAGACCUGGCCCGCUGGAUCUCCAACUGCACUACCUGCCUCAACCGGACCAAGAGGAAGUGGCUUCGCUGCAGCGUCUCCAACUGCACCAACUGCUGUGGGCCGGUGGAGCGCGGCCUGGGCCUCACCUUCCACAAGUUUCCUCUCCAUAACUCGGCUCUGCUCGCUCAGUGGCUGAAGGCCGCCGGUCGUUCUAACUGGCAUCCUCGGCUCCGUUCAUCGGUGUGUUCGGCCCAUUUCACCGAGGACUGCUUCGACCGCAGCGGCGAGAAGGUCACCAUCCAUCCUGAUGCCGUGCCCACACUCUUUGUUCACAGCGACUCAGUGACGCCGUCCAGAGGUCCACCCCAGCCGGCUCCGGGAGAAGAGGCCUAUUUUGCCAAGUACGAUGCGGUGGAGCUCUACCUGAGAAAACGCACCUAUCCUCCCGGACUGAGCUACGUGGAGAAGAACACCUUCAGGAGGUUCUGCAAGAAGUUUGCCAUCAAAGACAACGAGCUCCACAUGGUGAGGGGAGAUCGGGUCCGUCUGGUUCUGAGGGGCAGGCAGCAGGUUGAAGCCGCCCUGGUGGAUUAUCACAACGAGCUGAACCACCUCGACGCCAAAAAGUGUCUCCGACUGCUCAACGAACGGUUCUUCUGGAAGACCAUGAAGACUGACGUGCUUCAGUGGAUCAGCAGCUGCUCUCAGUGCAGCAAGAAGAUGAAGAAACUGGAAACAGAACCCAAAGGAUCAGAGUCACACCCGGACCUGAGAUCAGCACAGAUCCACGACAGUUCAGACAGUGGGAAGGAUAGUGAUGAUGAAGAGGAGGAGGAUGAAGAUGAAGAGAGGCAGCCAGCAACCAAUUCAGAGGUGAACCCUUCGUCCUCUCAGCCGGGACCUCCCGUCAGCGCUCAGCCCAGGAUCCCGAUCCUCCUCCACAUCAGAUCUCCCAUCCACCUGCAGUCCAGAGCUCCCAUCGUCCUCCAGCCAAGAACUCCAAACAUCAUCACCAGAGUGUGGUCCGUGAAGAAAGCGACCACUCCACAGUCUGAAGUCCAGAAGGAGACCGACAGCGCUCAGCCUGAGACGCAGAGCAGCAACCAGGUCCAAUCAGAGGAGCAGACACCUCCAGACCAGAACAAGACGAGCGGCUGUCAGGGCAGCGCCAGAACACAACGCUGUAUCAAAGUCCAGCCUGUAACCAAACCCGUCACAGAGUCACAGCCUGCAGCUGAUCUCCAGGUGAAACCCAAACCUCUGCAAACAGCUCAACCUGCGAGUCAGAGCAGAGGGCUGAGGACCCGCUCCCAGACAGCAACACAAACCCAGAACCAGGUCCAGCGCCCGGAGAAGAGGAAGAGCGAGCUGGAGGGAGGCCACGCGGCUAAGAAGAGCUCCAGCACUGGCCUGGAGCCCGUGGUGGCCCAGAGCACCAAACCAUGGCCCGUCUUCACCAUCGCCAGCUCAGGCCCGGCCCGGGACGCUUCAGAGGUGGACAGCUCGGCUCCCUUUGGGAGGCCCAGGAGGCUCCAGGCCCGGGUGGUGAUCCAGCAGUGCAGCAAGGCCAAGGUGAAGACCAAACCAGCCGUGGACGGUGCGGACGCUGAGUGGGCGGAGAUCGAGGAGGGGAUGGUGGCGUAUGUUUGUUUCCUCCACGGAGCCACUGAAGAUGUCACGUAUGAGAUCGCCUGCAGUCUGAUGACCACCAAACUGUUCCGGAAAGACACCGGCCACACGGUUUCAGUCCUCGACCUUCCCGGUGGCGUCUUGUUAGUCCCUCAGGACUCUCUGCUCGGCGAGCCGGUGCCCAAGAGGAGGGUGCAGUACAAAGGUGGGUGUGAGCUGUGGUGGGGCGCCCAGCUCUUCUCCAACCUGGUGUCCGCCUGCAGAGACUUCAUGUCGGACUCAGUGAAGUGCACCAAGGCGGGCGUGAAGGUGGAGCACGGAGUCUACGGACAGAAGCAGGAGAUCGUCCUGAACUCUCCGGAGCCGCUGACACUCCUGCUGGAGUUCUGACGUCCACCUGAACAUUGAGGUGGGACGAGGAGGCGUCCUCCACCGUCCUCACCUCAGAACUUUUCUGUUCAUUAACGGGAAACUUCUCAGAUACACAACAAGUCCACUGACGGUCCCAGGAAGUAGAGAACCUCAGGAACUAAAAACUUUGGUGCAUCUGAAGAACCUCGAACAUUUACCACGAGUCACCACGUUGUCUUUGUGUUUACUGUGACUCUGACUCUGAGUUGAAUGUAACGAAAGAAUAAAAAGAGAAAACCUGUG